GUAAAAGGUGUGCCCUGAGUUGUAGGUGAUCCUGUGCAGGCGAUGAGGGUCUUGACACGACUCAAGAUUCGCUGAGAAAAAGGAAAAGAUUAGGCCUAGACUCUCGUGCACUGGCUGUCUUCUGACGCUAUCCUCGUAAAUCAAUCAUAUACACUUUUUAAUCUUUAUUAAAUUCGGCAUAUCAAGGAGCAGAAGACGCAGGAAGUACAGAGUUGUUCCCAGGAUGGUUGUACUUGCGGCUUCAAUAGUCACCAAAUCGGGGAAAGCUCUCGUCUCGCGGCAAUUUGUGGAGAUGAGCCGCAUCCGCAUUGAAGGGCUAUUGGCUGCUUUUCCCAAACUGGUGGGGAGCGGUAAGCAGCAUACUUACGUGGAGACAGAGAAUGUGCGCUACUUGUAUCAACCAGUAGAGGGGAUGUACCUUUUGCUGAUGAGCAAUAAGGCCAGCAACAUCUUGGAGGAUUUGGAGACGCUGCGCCUGCUCUCCAAGGUACUGCCAGAGUAUGUGUUGCCGCCCAUGGACGAGGAGAGCAUCAGCCAAGUCGCCUUUGAGCUGCUCUUUGCCUUUGACGAGGUCAUCUCCCUUGGCUACAAGGAGAACGUGACGGUGGGCCAGGUGAAGCAGAACACUGAAAUGGAGAGCCACGAGGAGAAGCUGCACAAGAUGAUCAUUGCAUCGAAGGUCAGCGACACAAAGGAUGUGAUGAAGCGCAAGGCAAUCGAGAUCGAGAAGAACAAGAUGGAGCGUGCGCGCGACGGCAAGGCCAACGUCUCCACCUAUGUUCCCUCCUCAAUCUCCAGCAUCUCAACCAGCGGCGGCGGCCGCUCCGGUGCCGACCAGGACGCCACACCGACAUACUCCAGGCCGGAGAGUGCGAAUGUGAACCUGAAAACGGCGGUCGGCCCACGCAAGGGCAUGCAGCUGGGCAAAGCCAAAAAGGCCAACGACUUCCUCGACUCCCUGCGCGCCGAGGGCGAGAACAUCCAGUUGGACACCGGUGUGGGAUUGUCUACCGGCCCGGCAGCAUCAGCGAUGACGGCGCCGCCACCUGGCGAGCCGAUAUCGCUGGCGCUGGAGGAGAAGCUGCUGGUCGUGCUGAACAAGGACGGCGGGGUGGAGAACAUGGAGGUCCAGGGCACCAUUGCGCUGCAGGUGCUGGACGAGACGCACGCGCGGGUGCGGGUGAUGAUCGAGACGGGGGCAAACGAGGGGUACCAGUUCAAGACGCACCCCAAUAUCGACAAGACGCUGUACGCGCGCAGCGUGCUAGGCCUCAAGGACGCCGACCGCCCCUUCCCCACCGGCAGCCCCCUCCCCAUCCUCAAGUGGCGCAUGCAGACGAAGGAGGAGAGCCUGGUGCCGCUGUCCAUCAACUGCUGGCCCUCCAUCUCGGGCGCCGAGUCCUUCGUCAACAUCGAGUACGAGUCCUUCGCCGAGUUUGACCUGCAGAACGUCGUCGUGGCCAUCCCCUGCCACCAGCCCCCGCGCGUCAACCAGGUGGACGGGGACUACCAUUACGACUCGCGCAAGCAGGUGCUGCUGUGGAGCAUCGACCUCAUUGACGACACCAACCGCUCCGGCUCCAUGGAGUUUGUCAUUGGCUCGGCCGCCAGCUCAGACGCCUUCUUCCCCGUCGAUGUCAGCUUCUCCGCGCAGCACACCCUCGCCGAUGUCAGCAUCUCCGCGGUGUUGGCGGUGGAUGAUGACCAGCCUGUCAAGUACGCCACAAGGAGCACGCUGCAGACGGAUGGCUACCAGGUGGUCUGAUGCAGCCCCAGGGCGUGCUGAUCUGAGAUAGUCUUUUGGCAGUCAAUGCAUGUGCUGGGUGACUGCGUUUGGCACAAGUUCUGCGUCUUUUUAUUCUUGCAAGGCCUAUUACAUAUCGCCUUGUUCUCAUGGACCUUCUUCAAUCUUCGAUGGGACAAUAAUUGUGACAAUGGGUAGUAUCCUAUCCUAAAUUACAAUAAAUUUUGUCAGGCA